UAGGUAUAGAGUACAGAGCAGUGUAUAACACAUCCAUUACGCAUAACCUCAUUUGAAUAAAUAAAGUCUCGGACUAUCAUUGCAACAAAAUGGCCAAUAUAAAAAAAUGUAUCCAAGGCAUCUACCAUGACCCUUUCAAGUGGUCGCUAGUCAAGAGCAUAGGAAUAUUUGCUCUAGGUGUCAAAAUUGCCCUAGAGUGCAAAGGAAUUGACCUCAUGGCCUCACCUGCAAGCAUGUGAUUAAUGUCUUAACAACUUAUGCAUUUGCAAUGUACAUAAACAUACAACUAUAGCGUUAGUCAUGCUUCUUUUGAAGACCUUUCUUUCAUAAUUAAUAAAUGAUUUUGUUUUAUUGCGUGCAUUUACAUUUAUUACAAGUCCUAAUAUCAAGAAAUUGAUUCGCGCCUAUAUACCUAUACACACUUUCGUUCCUGCAUAAAGAGUCGCGCCCCUACUCUUGGCUCCGCAGCAGCUGGUGAUAAGGAAACAAACAGUAAACAGCUGACAAGUAUUGAACGAUUGUCAAAAUGCUGAAAGAUGCGAACGAUGAAGGAAAUAAUUGCAAUUCUGAACUUUCAGUUUUAGCUGUUGUAGGAGCGCUUUUGGAUACUUUGAACGAUAAAGAUGAGACUGUACAGCAAUCUGCUAUCGAGUCCAUUAGAAAGAUAUCGCAAAAGAAACCUGUUGUUGUUAUACAUGCUGCUGUUUAUUUUUGGGAGCUGCAUCGAAAGAUGACAGAAGUUCACUUGGUUGCUCUCUUAAAAAUGAUGACAGAUAUCUGUAAGGAUCGUAUAACAUCUUUGGAUGACACUUUGGCAACUUCUGUCGCUGAUUUGGCCUUAGCAGAACUUGGCAGCGGGGCCACUAGCGAACAAGCUUCCGAGCUAAUAGUUGCCUUGAGUACAACUCAAUGUUCGCAAGCGAUAGGAGCGUUGAUAAUCAAAUUUCAGCCAAAUGUGAUUCCGCAUCAUACGAUAAUCAGAGCCAUAGGAAUGAUAGCUAUGAAAAAUUCUUCGGGGAUGCUUCCAUUUAUAAAAGUGACUCUCAGUGUAUUGGUGCCCAUAUUACCCGACAUGCACAACGAUGAACCCCUGAAAUUGGCAUCAACUUUCACUCUUGGAAAAAUAUCAGAUGCAAUCAGCGAUUGUCUGACAAGCACAGAGAUCAUUUCUCAGGCAGGACAGCUAAACAAGGAUAUGUUUUUUGACGAACUUUCAAGCGCUUUUGAAGUUUUUACAUAUAGCUGGCUUCGGACUAGUAAAAGUUUGAAUUUAACAAACAGCAUUUUGACAUCACUAGCUUCGAUUUUACCUCUUUUGCCAAAGGCUUACGAUGAAAAAUUAAUCGUUAAACUUACUCCUGUUUUAUUAAAUUUCUGUAAAAAGUCCAGUGUGAGAUUAGCUGCGUCAAGGAUGCUUUCGUUGAUUCUCAAUGCGGCGAGCGCUGAGGACGUGAAAGAACUGGUUCGACCCAAUUUAGAACAAAUACAUCAAGUACUUUCAGAUAUAGUGAGCGUUGCUCCUUUUGAAGCAACAAGAGAUGCCUUGUUAACUCACUAUGAAGUUCUGCAGUGUUUUCGCGCUGUUGUAGUAUUGUACCCAGAAGAGGGAUUGGAUAGGAUUUUACAACAAUUAAAAUCCCAAAAUCUGGUACAACGUUCCAGAGCUCUAGUUGUGCUGAGACAUCUCAUCAAUACAUUACCAGCAGAAGCGAUAUUUUCGUUGCAGGACGAUGCAGCUUUACAGAGAAUUGCUCUGAGUCUUCAAGAUUCGUUGCUCCAGGGAGAUGUUUGCUGUACUAGACAAGUAAUCGGAGCUAUCGUAGCUUUAGCGGCAAGGCCAAGUUUACCCCUUUUACCUUCCCAGCGAUCGUCCUUUAUAAAAUUCAUGGUUUUACAUUGCGGUUCAAAGCAGAGCGAGGAGGCAGAUGCCUGCGACGAAGCCCUACACCUGCUUUCGAGUACAGUUGAAGGGGCAGAAACAUGGCUUUGGCCUUGUUUGAUCAGAGCCCUUCUAGACCAAACAUACGCUGCCUCAGUUGUCUCGAUUUUACGAGCUUUGACUCCACUCGCAGCGAAGAUUAUUCGCAGCGAUAAGAGUGAGAAAGAUUUUCAAAGCAUCAAGGUGCUGGCUCGCUGUCUAGAGCUGCUGGAAGACGAGCGGAACCGUUUGGCUGUCGUAACGUUCUUGAGAAAGUUGAAGUCAGAAUGGGACAGCAAGCUGGCCGAGCUAUCCAAGUUUCUCGAGCGUCAGAGUUCGACGUUAAUUUGGGAAGAGAGGAUCGUGGAAUUUGUCGAAGAAACCGUCCAUGCGGAAGGCGAUGCAUGGGCCCUGGAGCUGGCUGACGAACUUGUGGCCAAGAGAAUGACGCCGUCGCUCUCGAUAUUGAUAGCUGCUGUCGCUAGCAACGUGAGCCACGCGAGGCUCUUGAUCGAGCUCGCGCGCACACAUAGCGUUAACACGACUGGACAUGGACCCGUCGCCGGGGAGUACGCUCGAGCUGUUGGUAUCUGCGCAGCCAAGCCGCACUUGUUGGACCUAGUCCUCAGCAUAAUGGAGGAAUCGUGCAAGGUCGAGGACGCGAGAAAGCAGCCGGUUAAGCUUCUUGGCUUGGUCAAGGACGCGAAGGCUGCGGCGAGCAACGAGGCUGCCAAAGCCGGUCUUCUCCGAACUUACGCAGAGAUCGCGAGAAAAGCCGACGCCGCGGCUCUAUUUCCUGCUCUCGAGAAACAGAUUCUGCCUUGGAUUAUCAGACAACUCGCCGACUGUAAAGAAUACAGUGCCAAGGAAGCCGGCCUCGUCGCUUUGGAACAAGCAGGUGAAGCUGUCCACCCCAGACGAUUGGCCAACUCGCAGGGUUGUCGUGCCCGCGGUCACGGCCUCGCUACGCUCCUCGGACUUUUUCAGUCCGCCUCCUCCGGCUACAGACCAUUGCAACUCUAUCCUUUGAUUUUAAGAGCCGUCAUCUCUUUGGUACGAGUACCUCCAGAAUUGACCAGUGAAGAGAAGAAAGUACUUCUCGAGACAACAAUGGACAAAGUCAUAGCGGCUAGUUCAGAGAUUGCAGCAGCAGGCGUAGUGAAGGUUGUCGAAGCUUUGAGCAUCAUCAGCAGCGAAACCGUGUCGGAUUCAGCUGACACCCUCGCUUUGCUGGUCGAUAUUCUCUUACCAUGGAUGCAGUCCAAGUCAGCUGCAGAGCGCAGAAGUACGUUACUCGUGCUUCGAACUACCCUGAGGUCGUAUCACGAUUCCUUAAAGUACACGUAUCCCGGAGGAAAGCUGGAACCAGGCAAAUUGCUCGGGAGAUUUUUGGCUUGGAGCGCGGACCCGGAACCGAGUCUACGGCCGCUAGUCGUCGAUUGCGUCUCCCUAGCCUUGAACAUCGGCGCCAGGCAUCGACACUCGGACAGUGAUUUGCAUCUAGCUGAUUUGAGCGAAUCGAAGCAGACGAUCGUGAGCGAGGAUUCCAAGCUGCUUUACGAGGGAGUCAAGAGUUUGUCGAUCGCUGCUUGCGAGAGGGUGGCGAGCGGCGAAGUAGCCAGUUUAGCCGAGGGUUUGGUGGAAGGAUUGCUCUGUAGAGGUGAAGGAGGAAUCGCUUCUGGUAUCGCCCUAUCGGAGCUGUUCAGAAUUCGCGGUUUCGACAUUCCGAGGGCGAAUCUCUAUCUGAUUGAUAGCAUCAUUGGUCAAAUGAGACAGAUGGACAACGCAAGCUGCAGGAAGGGAGCUGCAAAUGCAAUCAGAUCGCUGAGCGCGCAUUACGCUCAAGAGAUUGUCGAGCAUCUGUUGCACCAGCCACUACCCCUGGACAGUGGUACCAAAGAGUGCUGGAGAGAGCUCGGUAAAUCCGAGGAAAUCGGAUCUCAUGCUCUCGAGACGCUGUUGGCUAGACUGGAAACUGGUGGUGACUGCAGCCCUCUCGCAGACUGCUGCAACAGUUUGCCAGCUCCUGCAGCAGAUAGCGGAAAGCGUUCCACGGCGCCGUUCUCGUCGUUGGCAGCGAUCGUAGCGGUCGGACAGCUUUUGGACUCGAGCACAGCUGAAUCGCUGAUCGAUCGACAUCUAACGGACUUGCUCGCCGUUCUUCUCAAGUAUUUGGCAGGCUGGCUGCACGUAGACCCCCCCAUGUCCAUCAUCAGCACGAAAUUCGGCUUCGUGCCGAAUCGCGAAACCUGCAAAAUCAUUCCGCACCGCGAGGUCGACGGCGUUUUGUCCAAGAUACUGAACAUCAUUGGUAACGGUGACCAAUCUCAAAUGCAGGUUCAGCUAGUGGUUGCUGUCGAUACGAGCGCCGCUGAGACGGAGGCCGAAGAGCACUUGGUCGGCAUCGUGCACGCAGUAGUCGAGUGCCUGGUGCAAUCGAAGCGCGAGGACGCGCUCUCCAAUUUGUCGAGGUCCAUAGGCAAGCUAGUGACUAGUACUUUGGCUGCUCAAAGAGUGGUCGCGGUCGCGUUCUACGCUGAGCUCAUCGGCAGUAAACUCAACUGCGACGUCAUCUGGCUGGACGCGAUCAUCAACGCGCUGCUCGAAGCUAAAGCCGAUUCGUCUCCGCUCGUGAGAAAGUUGGCCACUAUCGGUCUCACUCGCGUGGCCUGCUUGCAGCCGAAGCAGGUCGAGGAGUACCUGGACAGCUGCUUGGCAUCGCUUCUCGAUGGCUUGGAAGAGCCGUCCGGCGUCGAGGGAAGUACCGAAGUCGUGCUCGAAUCCCUACGCGGACUUUCGAUCCUGCUGUCCGCAGCGAAAACUGAAAAGCCGAUAAGCCCGCGCGUUGUGUUGGCACUGAAGCCCUUUCUGGAGAAGGAAAACUGCUGCUGGGAAAUGAGUUUGGCGGCUACAAGUGCCUUGGGAGCUAUGGCCAGGGGUUGGCAGAGCUUUGUCCUGUCGCCCGACGACGAUGCCACAGAUCACCUGCUCGGUUGUCUCCCAUGCCUCGUGAUCAAGCUGGAAGACGCGAAUGUUGCUGUCGCAGCGGCAUCCAGGGAAGUGUUGUACGAUUCGGCGAGCCUUUUGCAGUGCAAAUCCUUGGCUCACAUCAUCCACUCGUAUUUCGGUGCCGCCGAUAGCAAGCCGAACAUUGAAAACUUUAUGCGGGAGCUGAUCAAUUGUUUAAAAAUUGACAUGCCACAAAGGGCCGAAGAAUUGAGAAACGCCGUAGUACGCGGGUAUUCGAGAUCGGAAAAUCCGGUGACCAGAGCCACGUCCGCGCUUAUACUGGGUUUGUUUGGCGAGCCCAGAGCGGAAGAUGUCCAGAGAAUGCUUCAGCUGUUGCGCGACAAAGAGAACUUUGUGAGAGCGCGAGCUGCCCGCGGUCUGGCCCUCUGUUUCACCUGAUCUCGUGUAAAAAGCCGUUUAUCUACGUUAAUCGUUAUGGAUAUUUAUUAUUAUUAGUCUAUGUAAAUAAAAGUAUCACAUUUCA